AUGGAAUACAGAUGCCAUGCUAUGACAGCCCAAAGUCAAGCAAGCUAUUUGCUCAGAGAGGAGCAACUACAGGCUAACCAUAUGGUGGCGAUUCAUGCCUUGUCUGAGAAGCUGACCAAGGACCCUGAUAGGAAACCUCUAGGGGCUAGGCUAAUCUUUGCCAGUCAUUUUCUGCAACAAAUGACACCCACAGAUGAUGCAGAAGAAUACCUUCUUACAUUUGAAUGUACUGCUGAAAGAGGAGGGCCAGCAGAUUCUAUCUUUACGUGUGCACCAGUCAAAGUGGAUUCAGAAGAAAGUUCAAGAUUAUUGGUUGGUUCUGUUUACCCAAGGGGCGCGUUCCCUGCAUCAACCGGCUGUGUAAGGAACAGAAAUAAUCUAUUGAUGUCAACUGUCAACAUAAAAGAGUCAAAGGAUGAACUAGAAGUCAGAACUGCAGAACCUGAGGAUGACCUUAGCGACCCCGCACAUGAUGGACCAUCUUGUGACCGCAAGAACAAGCGAAGAAUAAGAACCACAUUCACAAUGAAACAGUUGCAGGAGUUAGAGAGGAUUUUUCAGGUUACUCAUUACCCAGAUGUCCAGACACGAGACCAGUUGGCUGCAAAGAUCAAACUACCAGAGAACCGUGUGCAGAUCUGGUUUCAAAACCGGCGAGCAAAAUGGAGGAAGUAUGAAAAAUUAGGAAAUUUUGGAGGACUUCAGCAUCUCACAGCAAUUGAUAUGAUUCCUGCACCCAAGCAAGACUGUCUGGAUUUUCGACUACAGCCAGGGACACCAACCAGUGCAGAUCUCCCUUUGAGAUAUUACACACCUUUCCAAGGCCCUUUGACAUCAGCAAUAGUUCACAAUAUUGUGGCUUUUCCUCCUCCUCUUCAACCACAGACAUUUCCAGUUAGACUGCCUCCAUAUUAUAUUCAUCUUCCACCAAGAAUUAACUACAGUAGCAUCCUUGCUUCGCCUACAUAACCUAACAGUGUAAUAGCCAUCAGUUUUGGCCAGACUCAACUGAAAGCAAAUGUAUGCCGUGUUACUCUCGAGCAUCCAUUUCAAAGAUGUUUUGAAAAUUGUGCACCAGAUGGGAACUGCACUUCAUCAGUGGAAUAAAACAUCUCUAAAACUUACAGCAAGUGUUUAAUCGCUUUCCCAAGAGGAUGAGAAUAGCUUGCUUGUCGCUAAGAGACAUUCAUCUCUUGUUUAAAACCUUCAUAGAAUUGCUCAACAUCAAAGCCAAGAACAUAAGUAUAAUUACAUUUCCUUAUCAUUUAUUUAUAACUUCAAAACAACCCAAAAAAAAAAAAAAGCACUUGUAUCAGAAAAUGUGAAAUGUAUGAGCAGAUGUUUCUUAAAUCCAUUUAACUCAUAUUCAUGGGACUACUUAAGUGAAAGAACUGGGUUGUUGGUUCCAUGGGCUGAUCUGGUUGGGAAGCCUAGAUAGGAAUUAAAUGACACCACAAAAAAAAACUGCGUUUGGCAGACUUACAAAAAGCUUUCCAGAGACAAAUUUCUAAGAUGUACUGAUGCAAUAUCUGCCAAUAGUCUCUUGUCUGCCAGUGGGUCUAUCUUUUUCUUAUGAGCCGAAACUAUUUCUACUUUGUAUGAGAGUAAAACUAACUAGAAGCUACCCACUUACUCUUCUUGUUUAGCUGUCAGUAUAUACCGUCUAAAUAAUUGGACUGUAACAACAAACUAGACCAAGAAGUGCAUUUGACAGGUUUGGAUAUUUUUAUCUUUUAAUAAGCAGCAAAAGGAAUUAAAUUCUAUCUCUAAAAUCCUUUUUAUAUAAACACACACUCGGGAUAUAUAGACUGAAAUACAGUUGCAUUGCAUCUGUUAUAUUCCAGAUAUACUUAACUAUUUUAUCCAGAAGCAAAUAUUGGAAACUUAAUAUUUUUGUCUUGUGGUACCUAAGGGACACAAAGCAUCUGACACUCCUUGUGAACUAGGGAAGAAAAAAAAGAAGCCAUGCAUGGGCUUUGAAAUUAAUUGGCACCUCACUCCCUUGAAUGUGACACACGCUGUACAGCAGAGGGCAAAGGGUUGGAAGAUAUGGUGUCUCAUUAAUCGCAUACAGCCUCUUGCAGAAAGCAAAUGCGCAGAAUUCCCAGGAAAUAACUAACUGUAAACUGUAUCAUAACAAACACAAGGACAAUUACUCACUGUAUUCUUCUUAAUGUAGUAGGGAACUUAAAUCCUUUUUCUAUAUAGCCCAAAGGGCUGAAACGUUGAGGUCAAAGCUCUGAGAAAACAAAAUAAAAAUGAUGUCAAUA